AUGCUUAGCAUUGGUGAACUUCUUGCCAACACACUUUCUGGUGAUCAAAACCUUCGUGAAGAUGCUGCCAACCAACUCGAACAAGCGCAACAAACAAAUUAUCCGGCGUAUGUGACCAUGCUCACUAGGGAACUAAGAAAUGAACAUGCUUCACCAUAUACUAGAAAUGCCGCUGGAUUGGCUAUAAAAAAUUCGUUAAUCUCUUCGGCUGCAAGAAGGAAUGAAAUUGCACAACGAUGGAUAACUAUGGACGAAGCAACUAGGCAACAAGUUAAACAAGAGGUUUUGAUGACCUUGGACGCUGCCGAUCAAAGAGUUACUACUACCGCCGCUCAAGUUAUUUGUGCGAUUUCAGCGAUUGAACUUCCUGUAGGACAAUGGACAGAUCUAAUGAAACAUCUUUUAGAGAAUAUUACCACAACUGAUAAAGAUUCACUUAAGAUAUCAACUUUAAUAACUAUUGGUUUCGUAUGUGAAGCAAUUCCUUCUGAUAUUUUGGCUGCACAAUCAGGAGCAAUCCUUACUGCGGUUGUAUCAGGAGCACGGAAAGAGGAACCUAAUCAAGAAGUUAGGAAAGCUGCAAUUAAUGCUUUAUAUAAUGCACUCGAAUUUAUUCGUGAAAAUUUUGAACGAGAGGGCGAGCGAAAUUACAUUAUGCAAGUUGUUUGUGAAGCUACACAAAGUUCCGAUGUCAAUGUUCAGGUUUCCGCUUUUGAGUGUCUAGUCAGAAUCAUGCAAAUCUAUUAUGACAAGAUGCGAUUUUAUAUGGAAAAAGCCUUAUUCGGUUUAACUGUUCUCGGUAUGAAACAUGAAGAUGAAAGAGUGGCAUUACAAGCCGUCGAAUUUUGGUCGACAGUUUGUGAUGAGGAACUUGAAUUAAUGACAGAAGCCGUGGAAGCACAAGAAUCAGGGGAACAACCCGACAGGUUGAGCCAUAAUUUUGCCAAAGCAGCUUUACCGGAAAUAUUACCUGUUUUACUAUGGCUUCUCACAAAACAAGAUGAGGAUGCAGAUGAAGAUGAUUGGAAUGUUUCAAUGGCCGCUGGUACCUGUCUUUCUUUAUUAGCGCAAUGUGUUGAAGAUGCCGUCGUCGCACCAGUAAUUCCAUUUGUAGAAAAUCACAUCCGUCACAACGAUUGGAGAUUCAGAGAGGCAGCUGUUAUGGCUUUUGGAUCUAUUUUAGAAGGACCUGAACAUAAAUUGCUUGCAAAUUUGGUAAAUCAAGCUCUGCCCGUGUUGAUAGAAAUGAUGCGAGAUCCAUCGCCUCAAGUAAAAGAUACUACGGCUUGGACUCUUGGACGUGUUUCGGAAUUGCUGAUUGAAUGUAUCAAACCCGAUGUUCAUCUUAAUCCACUUAUAACUGCAUUGGUAUUCGGAUUGAAAGAUUCUCCGCGUAUUGUUUCCAAUUGUUGCUGGGCUUUGAUGAGUUUGUCUGACCAAUAUGGUGGUAAAGAAACACCCGCAUCAACUUACCCUCUAUCUCCUUACUUUGAGGGCAUUGUCACUGCGCUUUUAGAAACCACUGAAAGGCCAACCAAUGAAUCUAAUGCACGAACUUCUUCUUACGAGUGCAUUUCCAUUUUAGUACAAGGCGCUGCAUUGGAUUCCUAUCCAACUAUUCAAAAAUUGACUAUUACUAUUAUUGAUAGGCUUGAUUCCACAAUUCAGGCUCAGAAUCAAAUAAUUGGAACCGACGAGCGAAUGGCUCACUCUGAACUUCAAUCGAACCUUUGUAGUGUUUUAACGAGUAUUAUACGUAAACUAAGAUCGGAGGUUGUUCCUUUCGCCGAUCGCAUAAUGACAACUUUAUUGUCCUUGUUUUCUACAGCGACAAAACAUUCGACAACUCUUGAAGAUGGAUUUUUGGCUGUUGGGGCGAUCACUACUGCUGUUGAAGGAGAUUUCGUUAGAUAUCUUGAAGCAUUUGCCCCAUUCCUUUAUGCUGCAUUGUCAAAUCACGAGGAAUAUCAACUUUGUUCAAUUGCUGUUGGAUUAAUCGGUGAUAUAUGUCGGGCACUUCAAGAACAAUCUUUGCCAUACUGUGAUACAUUUAUGAAUGUCUUAUUACAAAAUCUUCAGAGUCCCGUAUUAAAUCGUAAUGUCAAACCGGCAAUUCUUUCUUGCUUUGGAGAUAUCGCGCUUGCUAUAAGCGGAAGAUUCGAAGUAUAUUUGGAAGUAGUUAUGAUGGUUCUUGCACAAGCUAGCACCAUGCGUGCUUCGGAAGGCACAAGUUAUGAUAUGAUAGAUUACGUUAUCGCAUUAAGAGAAGGCAUACUAGAAGCAUAUGUUGGUAUUGUACAGGGCCUGAAAACUGGUGAAAAAGCCGAAUUACUUCUGCGAUAUAUUGAACAAAUCUUCAAUUUCCUUAACAUGACCUGGAAUGAUCACGAAAAGACUGAGAUGAUCAUUCGUAGCAUGAUUGGACUUAUUGGUGAUUUGGCAGAAGCUUUUCAAAGCGGUCAAUUACAACAAUGGUUCCAAUCGGAGUUUGUUUCACAAGUGCUGAAAGAAGGACGAAAUAACCGGUCUUUGCCAAAUGGAACGAGAGAAGUUUCCCGAUGGGCUCGAGAGAUGGUCAAACGAGCAUCUCACAUAAAGCAUUAA